UCUCUUCAGUUCCUUGCGCUUGCUCUCACUGAAUGCACCGGCCGUCUCUCCUCCUCCUCCUCCUCCUCCUUCUUCUUCCUCUACUUCUUUUUCUCCGCUCUUCUCUCUCGGAUAUUUUCCAGUUUCCAUCUGUGUCCGUACAUCCGUAUCUCUGGCAUCUCCCAUCACCUCGCUGUGCGUUUCUCCUUCUUGAGCAUGAGAAGAGUCGCUCUCUCCUCUGCCCUCCACCAGCAUGAGCCGAGCACAGGGAUCUCUGAGCGCAACUUUCGCACGGACGCAUUAAAUCGUCGUCCUGGAGCGCCGUUCUUCAUCACAGGAGAGAAGCAGAUUUAGGUCUCCAUAGAAUGGAGCGAGAAUGAGCAGAGAGCGGCUGAAGGAAAAGCAUGAACUGGAGGGUCAUUGAGGUCACUUGCUUCCUGUUUCUAUGGGACCAUCUAACAGUUGAGUCUUUGCGCCAGGAGCCCUCGGCCGCCGAGCACCAUGUGCCCAAGCACUUCGACUGGCUCAUCUCCGACCGCGGCCCUUUCCACCACAGCAAGGCCUACCUCGCCUUCGUGGAAAGAUUCCGCCAAGGAUUUACGACCCGAUAUAAAAUUUAUAGGGAGUUUGCGCGUUGGAAGGUGAGGAACAUAGCCAUCGAGCGACGGGAUUUGAUCCGCAAUCCCGUGCCCCUCAUGCCCGAGUUCCAGAGGAGCAUGAGGAUUCUGGGACGGCGUCCGUCCACGCAGCACUUCAUUGACACCAUCAUCAAGAAAUAUGGUACUCACAUCCUCAUCUCGGCCACGCUUGGAGGUGAGGAGGCUCUCACCAUGUACAUGGCGAAGAGCAAGCUGGACCGGAAGAUGGUGAACGCCACACAGGGGGUGGAGGCGCUGCACCAGCUCGCCUCCUCUUACUUCAUCGACCGAGACGGCACCAUGCGCAAACUCCACGAGAUCCAGAUCUCCACCAAUGCCAUCAAGGUGACGGAGACGAGAACCGGUCCUCUCGGCUGCAGCACCUACGAUAACCUGGACUCGGUGAGCUCGGUGCUGCUGCAGAGUCCUGAGAGCAAACUACACCUGCAAGGUCUCCAGGUGAUUCUUCCCGAGUACCUGCAGGAGAAGUUUGUGCAGUCUGCUCUAAGCUACAUCAUGUGCAACGGUGAGGGAGAGUACGUGUGUCAAAGCAACCAGUGCAUCUGCCAGUGCGCUGACGAAUUCCCACAAUGCAACUGUCCCACCACCGACCUGCAGAUCAUGGAGAACACGCUCCGGGGAAUGGCCGAGUCCUGGGCUGCUUCGUACAAGGAUUUCGAGAACUCAGAUGAGUUCAAAUCGUUCCUGAAGCGUCUCCCCUCCACACACUUCCUGCCGGUGAGCAGUGUGCACUUGCUGUGGGGGAGCGACUGGGACCUGCAGGCUCGUUACCGGCUGCUCCAGAGCUCCCUUGAGGUCCUGAGGCUGAAGAUUCAGCGCACGGCGCGUAAACUGUUCAGCCUCAGCAUCCGCUGUCACCACAACCCCAACCAUCAGAUGCCUAGAGAGAGAUCUGUUCUGCAGUGGCUCAACCGGGUGCAGUCCUUCCUCUACUGCAAUGAGAACGGCUUCUGGGGUACGUUCCUGGAGAGCCAGCGCACAUGCGUAUGCCACACGGGCAUCACUCUGUGCCAGCGUCCAAUCCCGUGCGUGAUCGGUGGCAACAACAGCUGCGCCAUGUGCAGCCUGGCUAACAUAUCUCAGUGCGGCUCGUGCAACAAGGGCUACAAGCUGUACCGCGGCCGCUGCGAGCCGCAGAACGUGGACUCGGAGCGCAGCGAGCAGUUCAUCAGCUUCGAGACGGAUCUGGACUUUCAGGACCUGGAGCUGAAGUACCUGUUGCAGAAGAUGGACUCGCGUUUGUACAUCCACACUACUUUCAUCAGCAACGAGGUGCGCCUGGAGACCUUCUUCGACCCGCGCUGGCGCAAGCGCAUGUCGCUGACGUUGAAGAGCAACAAGAACCGCAUGGACUACCUGCACAUGAUGGUGGGCUUGUCCAUGAAGAUUUGCCAGAUGCGUAACAGCAGCAUGGACCCCAUGUUCUUUGUUUACGUCAACCCGUUCAGUGGGAGCCACUCGGAAGGAUGGAGCAUGCCGUUCGGUGAACAUGGAUACCCCCGCUGGGAGAAGGUACGGCUCCAGAACUCGCAGUGUUUCAACUGGACCCUGAUGCUGGGCAAUCGCUGGAAGACCUUCUUCGAGACGGUGCACAUCUACCUACGCAGCCGUGCCAAGGUGCCCACCGUCCUGCGUAAUGACACCGGCCACGGUCCCGUGGACCUCUCCGACCCCAACAAGCGCCAGAUCUAUAUCAAGAUCUCUGACAUCCAGGUGUUCGGCUACAGCCUACGCUUCAACUCCGACCUUCUCCGGAGUGCCGUCCAGCAGGUCAACCAGUCCUACACGCAAGGGACACAGUUUUACUCAUCCUCGUCCAUCAUGCUCCUGCUCCUGGAUAUCAGGGACAGGAUUAACCGUCUGGCCCCUCCGGCGGCGCCUGGGAAACCCCAGCUAGACCUUUUCUCCUGUAUGCUCAAGCACCGACUCAAGCUCAACAACAGUGAGAUGAUCCGUGUCAAUCAUGCGUUGGACAUGUACAAUACGGAGAUCUUGAAACAGUCGGACCAUCUGACUACCAAACUUUGCUGAAAGUUAAACGCUAACGACGGAGCAAACUUACCGGAGAUCAAUCGUUGGAGAGGACGUAAAAGGAUUCUUUUUAUUUCCCUUUCCUUUGGGACGUUUUGCGUUUUUUGAUGUACUAUUAACACCUUUGUAAGUGUAAUUGUUAAAUAAGAAACUAAAAAUACAGAGAUUAAGCCUUUUAGUUCACUACGGAAGAAAGGAAAAAAAAAUUAAUGACUGUACCAUAUUUGUCCAAGCAUGUCUGUCACUUCCAAAUGGAGCAUUAAAGGAAAAGAAGAAAAAAAAAAAAA